GAAACCGCACACUCCUUUCACGACACCAGACGCCUCGACCUCUCUGCUCGCGAAAAUGGCGGCGGCGUCGGAAGGGUUGGCCGCCUACCGGGCGGUGCUGCGGGCGGCGCGGCGGACGUUCGCGGGUGACCGGCUGAUGCUGCAGGAGUCAGCGGUUGAGAUCCGGCGCCGCUUCGAGGACCACCGCGGCAUCGCCCCGGGCUCCGACGAGGCCGCGCGCGCCCUCGCCGACGCCCGCGAGGCCGCGCACUUCAUCACACACAUGAUCAUCCAGGCCCAGCGCGCACCCUCCGGAUCCUUCGUUGUGAAGCCUGAGAAGGUACACGCCGGAGCUACACUAGAGGUUCCUUCCGAGGAGAUGCUGUCGAAGUUAAAAUAGGGGAAGCACUUGCUGUACAAGCAUUGCAGAAACUCAACAUCGUCAGGCUAGUAAUAAGAUCAGUUUGCAUGGAUUUCUUGUAUUGUAUUACUGGAUUUCUUGUAUUGUAUUACUAGUCAAUUGAGUAGUUUCACACUUCUUGUCGGGAUGAUCCUGAAAAUAAUUCUGAAUAUAUCGGACGACGGGUGCGUUGAUCCGCGUUUCCUAUAUGCGUGUAUCAACCUAGAUUAAGAACAACAAGAUUUAUAAUACUUCUAUAUCAUAUAUAUUGUCUUAUGAAUUGGGUUGAUUUA